AUGGCUGCAACCCUUGAACGCCAGCGUGACUAUGUGUUCACCCCAUCCAGUGUGGAGGCACGUCUACGUCAAGCGGCCGGCCAAGCAUUGGCAACGUGGGUCAUUGGCCAUGGGCCUAAGACUUUUGAGGAGGUGGUGAGCUGCCAGGCACUUCGUGAGAGGUACCUGGAGCCGCACCUAACGACUCAAAGUCAAUACAAGGCAAGCCUUGACAUGCAAGCACGUGGUGCACCGGUUCCACCGAUCAAGGGUAUACCCAUUCUCUUGCUCGCAGGCGAAACAGUGAGCGAAGCCUUCGUUCAUUGGGUGCACUAUGUGCGUCGCCUCAUCAACAUUGUUGCUCUAAGGGCUAGUGUCCAUGCGGCGGAUGUGCGUCUCGAACGCAAGCUUCGGUAUGAUUAUGCCAAGCUUAAGGCCAGAGGCCAAUUGCGCAAGCGCACGCGCUAUGCUUCGGCUACUAAGGUAGCCGCGAGUGCUGGUCAGUCUGUGGCCAACAACCCGCCAACCCGCACCACUAGUGGUGGGGAACGGCCUCGGUCUCGAGAUGACCAUGGCCACGAUGCUCAAAAGCAUCCAAAGCACAUGAGCAGUCUUGCCGAAGGGGUACCUCAAGCUCCCAUGAGUUACCAGACUCAGGUUCCCCUUGCCACUUUACCAGAUACUGGUGUUAGCCCUGACGACGACGUCGUUUCAGUAGUCUCUCGACAUGAAAUUGACGACACCCAUGCUUAUCGAGCAAAGUCGGUGGCGGCCGGUGUACCGGUGGAUGCCCACGAGAAAUUGGUUUUCGAAGUGGAGGGUCUUCAAGAGGCCUUGGGUAAGUCCCAGUGCAUGCUGGAUGCGAUGCAAAGCCGCCUUCAAGCGAUGGAGCAAGCUCAAACUAGGAGCGAGGCUCAGUGGGACUUGCUGAUUUGCCUACAUCAAUCCGGGGCAGUGCCCUUGUUGUCGGCGCAAGCGCCUCCAAGUUCACAUGGGAAGGAUCCCGGUACGGCUUAA